CUCCUCCCCCGCCCGAGGCCCGCCCGGCUCGCGCCCUGGUGCUCGGGGACCCGCGGCGGCGGCGGCGCGCGCGAAGGGGGCGGCGCUCGGCUCCUGUCUGGCCGCCGGGUCUCGCGUGCAGGUCCCGCGGCGGCCGCUCCUCUCCCUCCGCUUCCUCCGCGCCGGCGUCCGGCGCCAGCCGAGCAGCGAGUGCAAGAUGGCGGCGCCCAGGCCGCCUCCCGCCAGGGUGUCGGGCAUCAUGGUGCCCGCGCCCAUCCAGGACCUGGAGGCUCUCCGCGCGCUGACGGCGCUCUUCAAGGAGCAGCGCAAUCGAGAAACUGCACCCAGGACUAUCUUCCAAAGAGUCUUGGAUAUCUUAAAGAAAUCUUCUCAUGUUGUUGAGCUGGCCUGCAGAGAUCCAGCCCAAGUGGACAACCUGGCCUCCAGCCUGCAGUUAAUAACAGAAUGUUUCCGGUGUCUCCGAAAUGCUUGCAUAGAGUGUUCUCUGAACCAAAAUUCAAUCAGGAACUUGGAUACAAUUGGUGUUGCUGUCGAUUUGAUUCUUCUUUUUCGUGAGCUGAGAGUGGAACAGGAAGCUCUGCUGACAGCUUUUCGCUGUGGCCUGCAGUUUUUAGGCAAUGUUGCCUCUCGGAAUGAAGACUCGCAGUCUGUUGUUUGGAUGCACGCUUUCCCAGAACUCUUCCUGUCUUGCUUAAAUCACUCAGACAAAAAAAUCGUUGCCUACUCUUCGAUGAUACUGUUCACAUCCCUUAAUUCUGUAAGAAUGAAAGAUCUGGAGGAAAACCUGAACAUUGCAAUUGAUGUCAUAGCUGCUCACCAAAGGCAGCCUGAAUCAGAAUGGCCGUUCUUGAUUAUUACCGACCAUUUCUUGAAAAACCCGGAAUUGGUGCAAGCAAUGUAUGCCAAAAUGAGCAAUCAAGAAAGGGUCACAUUAUUAGAUCUAAUGAUAGCCAAAGUUGCGAGUGAGGAGCCAUUAACCAAAGAUGACAUCUCUGUGUUUUUGAGCCAUGCUGAGCUGGUUGCAAACACUUUCAUAGACCAAUGCAAGAUGGUACUGAAGCUGACCUCCGAGCAGCACACUGAUGAUGAGGAAGCUCUGGCCACCAUUCGGCUCCUGGACGUGCUGUGUGAGAUGACUGCAAAUACGGAUCUGCUCAGCUACCUGCAAGUCUUUCCUGGCCUGCUGGAGGGAGUGAUUGAUCUGUUACGACUGAUUCAUGUUGCUGGCAAUGACACCACAAGCAUCUUCAGUACCAAUCACUGUAUAAAAGCAGAAGGUGAAGUCUCAAAUAUGGCUGAGGGGUUUAGGUCUCAUCUCAUUCGCCUGAUUGGAAAUCUGUGUUACAAGAAUAAAGACAACCAAGACAAGGUCAGUGAGCUGGACGGCAUUCCUUUGAUCCUGGACAGCUGCAGCAUCGAUAACAGCAACCCCUUCCUGACCCAGUGGGUGGUGUAUGCCAUCCGAAACCUCACGGAAGACAACAGCCAAAACCAGGAUUUGAUCGCCAAGAUGGAGGAGCAGGGGCUGGCAGACACAUCUCUGCUCAAAAAAAUGGGUUUUGAAGUUGAAAAGAGGGGGGACAAGCUGAUCCUGAAACCCACUAGUGACACACCUCAGCUGUGAAUGGCCUCUCCAUCGAGAUACUGAAUUUUCAGAAUGUUUCAUGGAUUUCUCAUGUUCUGCAAUAUGUGAAAUUGGAAGUAUUUGAAGAUUUAUAAGUACAAAUUCAAAAACACAUCAAUCAUUUAGAUAAUAGUUAAUAGACUUGUAUGCAGAAAAGCUUAAAAGUGAAUGUCCGUUCAUAUCCUGUUGUUUCUCGCUUUUCAAGUGUAACUGUCUGAUUUGCCAUUGUCUCCGUGGGCACAACAUGCAUUUAAGUGGUAUAUUGUACUCGCCGUAGCAGCAAAUAAUAAACAUUUUUCUCGUUGA